AAUUGGCGAAUGCUAGCUAAUUUCUGGAAAAGGUGGUUGUUGGACGUGACAAAGUGAAACUGUAUGCAGGGGGGGUUCCAGGUGUCUGAAGCGGGGUGGUAUCACGUUUUGAUGGUGUUUUAGACCUGUAUUUGUAUGGCAAUCUAGGUCCUUGGCAAGUAUCCUUACCAACGAUGAUCCAAUAGCGAGAGCAUGGCUGAUUGAUCCUGGGCCUCGUGAAUUAAAGAGUUGGCGGUUGGGGUAGAGACCGGAGGGGAUUGUGACCGAACAGGAUAUUCAGCCGCAUAAUAUUAAGGCGAGCUGCAAACUGAAGGCUCGAGAGGUAAGGGGUUAUCUGGGAAAGAUGCCCCGGAUCAAAUGAAAAGCUUCAUCGCCGGUUUACGACUCACUUAUCUGCGUAGUGCCGCUGGCGGGCGCGAGGAGCUAGCCUUCGAUAUAAUAGGCGUAUUUCGUUUUCGUCUUCUCCCGCAUCUUGCUUAUGGCCCAGGCAAAAGCAACUCCCGCGCGGCGGGCAGCAUUCGGUAAUCGCCUCUCCGAGCUUACUACCAUAUUCAGUCCACCGUGCCCGGUGACAUGGCUGAUAACCACUACGAAAGUCCCGUCGCAAUAUCCACCGUUCCCGACGACCGGACCUACCUCCUGUGACCCCCCGUUCUGGGCAGAUAAUAUUGCGCAGAAAGGUUUCGGGUACUACUCGCCCGCUAUCUGCCCAAGUGGAUUUGUCGUAGGUUGCACUGCAAGCAAUGAUAGAUCGGGAGAAGGGUUUCCCGCUAUCACAGCUGGGGAGACGGCUAUGUACUGCGUUCCAAGCGGCUUUACUUGCACCUCGGAUACCACAGAUUUCCGCGGGGGCGUUUGGGGCUUCAUGCGUACAAAAUCAGCGAAUGGUUCUCCGGCUACCGUGGGACCGGCACUCCAGAUCCGCUGGCAGGAAAAAGACCUAAUCGAUCUCGCUACGGAUCCUUUAACUCGUGGUUCGGUUACAACCUCAACUAGUAUUCUUACACCGACGCCUGCUAGCUUCGCUUUGCCCGAAGCCACCACAUCUACUUCUAAGACGCUACCAGCUCAAGCAUCAUCGACGGACCUGCAAAUAACGUCACUCACCCCAACAACGGAGAUCGAAAUCAGCGAAUCGUCAAUAACUUCCGAACCGACUCCAACCACAACUAGGAAGGAAGAAUCGGCAAGCCUAUUAUCGGCAAGUCUAUUAUCGUCUCCGCUUACAAGUAAGUCAAUUACAACAUCGUCUAUCCAGCCUGGAGGCACGCCCGCCGCGGAUAACGGAGGCACUGCGGAUCGGAGCGGGGCCGAUGGAGAUGUUUCUAGCAGCGCUACCUCGAGCGCUAAUACGGCAGCUAUGGCAUUAUCUGGGAUUUUGAUCGGCAUUAUACUAGGGUACUUCGCAACAAUAAUAUUUCGUCGGUACCGCCGGUAUCGAGCGGGUAGAAUAGAGAGGUUCCUCCCUUUUGAUGUUAGUACUUUAGCGAGUCGAAUCUUUGCGAAGCGGAAGAACGGAUUGCCCUCGCAAGAGACUACAGUUAUACGACCACCUAGAUAUCUAGGUGCCGAGUUAGGUACAGAUGGACCGAUGCCGGAACUAGGCUCUGGGAGCCCUCUGGGUACGAAAGACAACCCAGCAGAAUUGGGUGUCGACAGUGCGAGAAAUAGCUGGGUGUCACGCGUAUCACGAAUAUUUACUGUAAAACUAAGAAAGGAGGUGUGGUCAGUUUGAUAGCUUACCUCAUUUUCAUAAGAAGUAACUUUCCGUAGCCUAUUAGUACGUAAAGGAAAGGUGUCUACGGGGCAAUCUGAGCUCCAUGUACUCGUCAUAUAAUAUAUAUUAACGAACACUGUACCGUGAUCCGGAGUUUAUGGGCCUUGGUGGAACAAUUAGGUAGAUCCCUACCUCACAGAUAACAACUACU